GUUGAGGCGCUGCGUGCGUGUGUGCGUAAGAGUGCGUGUGUGUGCGUGUGUGUGCGGGUCAUUACGGAGCCCGUCCUCUCGGUCCUCUCUCUCCGGCGGAGCGCAGGCAGCAGGUCCAGCCCCGGUGUCGGUGAGUGGACAUGAGCGGAAGCCUGUAGACACCAGCAGCAUCUUCAGCGCGGGACGAACCGGCCCCCGGGGCGAGCUAGUGCUAAUCUCCACCCUCCCCAACUUCACCGGUUUGACGCUGCGGUUUUAGGGAAGGAGCCGUGCGGGGAAGCGGGCUACCUCCGGUCACUGGGCUUUCUGCUGCACUGGGGAGCGCUACACGUCGGCUGGUUUUCCGAAGCCACAUCCUGCCGAGAUGGACAAUCUGAGCGAGGCCCUGGAGAAGCUGAAGCUGGCUUCUUCAGACAGCUCUACAGACAGCGUGGAGAGCUGUGUGGACUGUCUGCUCAAAGCGCUGGCCAAUAACAACACCGAAGCCAGUAUGAAGAUCCAGGAAAUGGGAGUGCUGCCCCUGCUCCCCUCCCUGCUCACCCCCCAGUCUUCCUGCACCCCCAAAGUAGCCAACAUCAUCGCAGAGGUGGCCAAAAAUGAGUUCAUGCGGACCCCUUGUGUCGAAGCGGGCCUCAUCCCUCCCCUCAUUCAGCUGCUGACCUCUACAGACCAGGAGGUUCUACUGCAGACCGGCCGCGCUCUCGGCAACAUCUGCUACGACAGCCAUGAGGGCAGGAGAGCAGUUGACCAGGCAGGAGGCGCUCUCUUAGUAGUUGACCACAUUAAGUCCCUCUCCCCAAACACUGAGCCGGACAGUGAGAAGCUCUUGACUGUCUUUGUUGGCAUGCUGAUGAACUAUAGCAAUGAGAAUGAUUCCCUACAAGCCCAGCUGAUCAAUAUGGGCGUCAUCCCAACUCUGGUCAAGCUGCUGGGUGUCCAUUCCCACAACACAGCCCUGACGGAGAUGUGUCUUAUUGCGUUUGGCAACUUGGCCGAGCUUGAGUCCAGUAAAGAGCAGUUUGCCUCCACCAACAUCGCAGAGGAGCUGGUGAGACUCUUCCAGAAGCAGACGGAGCACGAGAAGAAGGAGAUGGUCUUCGAAGUGCUGGCCCCACUGGCAGAAAAUGAUGUGAUUAAGCUGCAGCUGGUGGAGGCGGGGCUGGUGGAGUGCCUGCUGCAGGUGGUGGCUCAGACAGUGGACGGAGAGCGAGAGGAGGACAUCGCUCAGCUCAAGACCGCCUCAGACCUCAUGGUGCUGCUGCUGCUCGGAGAUGAGUCGAUGCAGAAGCUGUUUGAAGGAGGAAAGGGCAGUGUCUUCCAAAGAGUUCUGUCCUGGAUCCCCUCACACAACCACCAGCUGCAGCUCGCCGGGGCACUAGCCAUUGCCAACUUUGCUCGAAACGAUGGGAAUUGUAUUCACAUGGUGGACACGGGGAUUGUGCAGAAGCUUCUGGAGCUGUUGGACAGACACGUUGAAGAAGGAAACGUGACGGUACAACAUGCCGCCCUGAGCGCCCUGAGAAACCUGGCCAUACCUGUGGUGAACAAAUCCAAGAUGCUGUCUGCUGGUGUGGCGGACGUGGUUUUGAAGUUCUUGCCUUCCGAGAUGCCUCCGGUCCAGUUCAAACUGCUGGGAACAUUACGGAUGCUCAUCGAUACACAAGCUGAAGCGGCGGAGCAGCUGGGGACCAAUGUGAAGCUGGUGGAGCGCCUGGUGGAGUGGUGUGAAGCCAAAGACCACGCUGGAGUGAUGGGCGAGUCCAACCGCCUGCUGUCUGCUCUCAUCCGACACAGCAAGUCCAAGGAAGUGGUCCGAUCAGUCAUCCAGUGUGGAGGAGUCAAACAUUUAGUUACCAUGGCUACGAGUGAGCAUAUGAUCAUGCAGAAUGAAGCACUGGUGGCGUUGGGUCUCAUAGCAGCGCUGGAUCUGGUGGCUGCAGAGAAGGACUUUGUGGGCUCCAGUCUGGUGUCCGUGCUUCACAAACUGCUGUCAGACGAGAGGAGCGCGCCAGAGAUCAAGUACAACUCUAUGAUCCUCAUCUGUGCUGUUAUGGGCUCUGAGCCCCUCCACAAAGAAGUCCAGAGCCUGGCGUUCAUCGACGUCGUGUCCAAACUGCGCGCUCACGAAAACAAGACAGUGUCUCACCAGGCCUCGCUCACGGAGCAGCGACUAACGGCCCAGAGCUAAAGGACUGUGCGCCCUUCCCCCGUCACACCCCCUCUCCCUCUACACACACAUGCACACCCACCCACACAUACUACACAAACACACGCACAUGUACAUGAGACGCCUGCCUGACCACCCCCAUCACCCCCCCGUCACGUGCCAAGGUACCAUGUCGUUUACUGCCAGCCCCUCGUCCAAUCACAACACUGCAUCCUCUCCUCUGCUUAGCGCCACACAAGGGUCCCUCUGCAGCUCUACUCUUGUGCAUAUGUCUGGAUUUUACACACAGGCCAGUUUGACAAAGGUAAUCGAGUAUUGUUGAAACGAGCUACUAAAGUUACGACUAAACAACUAGGGACGCAAAUGUCUUUAGAUUGUUUUAAGCCAGACUUUGGAUAUUAGAACAAGGAUUAUUUGCACUUUGUUUCGGGUUCACUGCAGGCCUUGAACUGUUUGCUGUUGUGAUAGACAGUCCUGUAUAUUCUCCAUUAACCACAGUGUAUGUAGAACUGACAAAUAUUUUAUAGUCCUGGAUUAGUCUGUAGAUUUAAAGCUUGAGCCGAACAAUCUCUGAAAGCUGCUCAAAACGUUCCAUAUCUUUGUGAAACUGGCUUUGGAUUCCUUUAGUUCUGAGUCAUUAAAGCCAAACUUGAAGUGUUUUUAGACUUUGGGGUUUGAAGUUGUCCCCUGAAAGCCAUAUUAUUAGUGAGUAAUUUUCAAAACGGUUCACACAGACUCUCCCAUUGUUCCGUGAUGUGACUUUAUGCCAUGAUUUUCUGCAUGCAUCGGCCAUCAGACAGCAUCGUACUGCAAUAGAUCCUUAACGACCAUAGCUGUGAACUCAUCUGCAGGUACCACGCCCGUCAAAUUGUGCACAAAAGAACAAAAAUAACGCCAGACCAGACUUUUGGUUCCACUUUUUUCUACAGCAGCCAUCCACGCCAUGCGAGUUGUGUCACAUGUAGCUACAAUAUUAAACUGCCUAGAGACUGUGCAUGUUUUAGUCCAGUGUUUUGCAGCUCACCAAGUCAAAAUACAGCUUCACUUUCGCUCUCGUACUCUCCUUUGUCAUUCUUUAAGAUUCGAGGGGUUUUAUUCAGAUUUUAAAGUUCACACUCGGAGACGUCCGUAUUGUCCCGGGCAGAAACAAGGCCGUUUUUAUGAAUCUGAAAUCAUGCAACUUGAAGGAAGAUCUAUUUUUACUUGACUUUACAUAGACACUGUCUCGCCACACAGCUGCUCCUCCGCCCCUGAAUCGCCAGCCCCGAGCGUGACCCAAAACGCUGGUGUCCACUGUAAGAAAAUGAAAGGUUUGAACUUUAAAUCACUGGCCACAUUAUUAGGUACGAUUAAAUGCUUUUCUUGACAUGCAAAGUUGCGAAGAAUUAACGUGGAGAAGGAGUUUUUAAGGAGGGUUUUCUUGUCGGAAUAUCUCAAAAUGAUGUAGGACAAUGUAAAACCAAAAAUAAGAAAACAAAAAAACAACAAUUUUCUUCAUUAUAUGUCUUAAAAACCAAAAUGGAAAAACUAAUAAUGAUUCGGGGUUUUUUUUUUUUCAGUUUUCGAUUUUGUGUUUAAAUGAAGAAUGGAAAAAAACGGAGAACGUUUCCCGUUUACAUGAGAUGCUGAAGUGAGAUGCCGGACUGAACCAGGACUGAACCAGGUCCGGAAGCUGACCGGUCCUGUUCUCGGUCCUGUUCCCGGUCAAGUUCCCGGUCAAGUUCCCGGUCAAGUUCCCGGUCCUGUUCCCGGUCCUGUUCCCGGUCCUGUUCCCUGUCUCAGUCCCGGUCUCGGGACUGAGGCUGGGACUGAAAACGGUUUAGUCCUGCUUUAGUCCUGCUUUAGUCCUGCUUUAGUCCUGCUUCAGUCCUGCUUCAGUCCUGCUUCAGUCCUGGUUCAGUCCCUGUUCAGUCCGGUGUCACAGUUUAAAUCACAGAAACAGAAAAACAGCCAUUAUUGUUUUUAUUCCAUUAUUCAUUUAAACACAAAAUCGAAAACUGAAAAAAAAAAAAAAAAAAGAAUCGUUAUCUUUUUUUUCAUCUGGUUUUGAAGACAUAUAAUGAAGAAAAUAGUUGUUUUUUCAUUUUCUUAUUUUUUGUUUUAUUUUGAAAAACGAAUGAAUGAAUGAUACACGGAUUACUUCUAAAGACUGAAAGAGAGAUUUAAGUUUCUGAUACAAAGCCCAAAAACCUUGCCUUAUUUUUUGCCUCCAGGAUUGACCGAUGUUGACGAGAUUUCCAACCAAGCCAUAUUAACUUCACUCAUAUUUUUAUCGUUUAAAUUUGCGAAACUACCUUGUGAUAAGCCAUCUAACGCUCAUUACAAGCCGGUGAAUCGAAUAGCUGUACCUAAUAAAGUGGCCUCUCGUUUUUGCCGAUUUUCCCGGGGUUUUCAGGAGCAGACGGGAGCGAACCCAACGCCACUCUUCUGUUCGCGGGUUUGUCCGUCUCUUGGAUCAGAAUCACUGUAAACAUCGUGAACGCGCCGCGGUGUGUUCCACGUCCACUGUAUUUGUUUUGUUUUGUUUUGUUUUUUUUAUGAUAUGAAUGGUUAUUUAUCGGAUCCGUGCUCUUAUCAAGACACAUGCCAGUGGAGAUGUAACCAUAGUAACUGCAUCAAGAACUAUAAACGUAAAUGUUUGUUGUAAAUGUCAUGAGUUGUACAUUUGAAAGAUUGUAACUCAACAGAUAAUUAAAAGAUAAUAGCUGGUCA